AUGGAAAUUUGUGCUAAUCACGGAUUAAUGCAUGUCGGAAAUUGCAGCAUGGAGGAUAUAAGUGUCACGGUCACCGGUUCAACCACGACAAGUACGAAUACAGUCCAUCCUAGUGUAAACGAUAUGGACUGGUUCGCCGGUGUCGCCGAGGAAGAAUUAUUGUAUUACACCGGCGUCGGCAACGACGUCGAUUCCUUGUGGGCUGUUAUUGGGAGCUUUGUACCGCCGCCACCUAGACCACCUUAUCUACCCGAAGAGAGCAUCGCCACCGAUGGGCUCACCACCUGCGAUUUGUGUUCGUGGGCAUGGAGAAAUGAUAGGCAUUCUUUUUCUCUGGAUGGCACCCUUGAAGCUCCUGGAGAACUUGGAUGGGUGCUGACUCUUGUGAUAGUGUCUUUAGUAUCAGCCGGUAUCGGCGCAGUAGUGAUGAUGACUCUGCUCCAUUGUCGAAGGAUAAAAAGUGCUGGUGGCAGAGCGAGUUGCUGCGGUGUCGGCGUGGAGGAUUCGAGCGUGCCCGAUGCCAGCGGACCUACGGGGGCGGGUGGUACCGGCGGCGGGGGAGCUGUCAUACCCGAUCGGCCGCCUCUCGAAUUAGACAAAUUACCGCCUUAUCACGACGUAGCGCCUAGUCCCGGGCACAACGUGUGGUCGUGGCUGGGCUCUCGACGAGGCGGUGGCACCCCGGGAGUCGUCACGACACCGCUCUCCCUUCCUCAGCACCGACGGGCGAUGAAUCUCCCAGUCGAGAAUCACUACACCCACAUGCAAACCGACGAGGCUCUAUACGCGGAACUGGACUCGCAGGCCGCGAGCUACGCGAGCGAUCUACAGUUACAAAUGAGAGGAAGUUCGACGUACGGUACAACUUCCGGCGGCCAGGACGACGAAUAUCACGAACUGGACGCUGCCAGAUUACAUCGUCAUUAUGGAGGUAGCGACGGAUCGCUACAGACAGAUACACUUCGUACUCGACAUAGUAAAAGGAUACAAGAGCCGGACUACGAGAUGUACGAGAAUGGACCGUCAACGCCAGUACCACCGGGUCAACAUCAACAUCAUCAUCGCCAUCAUCAUCACCACAACCAUCACCAUCAUCAGGAACUGAGGAUUGGUAGCAGAAAUAGCGAGCAUCCGUCAUACCAGAACACGGCCUACACCGGAAGCGAUGCCGAACCGGAUGGGCCAACGCUGAGCAGUGCUCCCAGCAGUGCCUAUUACAGCGAUCUCAGCUCGAAUUCAGCGAAUCAGCAGAUGCCGACAGCGACAGUACCUUCUGCAACAGCGACGACGACGACGACGAUAACGACGACAACAAACUUGCACUUAAAUCCACAGAAUCUGGACACGCCGCAGUAUAGACUAGCGGCAAUCAACGAGAACACAGUGCCUUCGGAUUAUAUUUAAGAUAUGAUCUUUUCAAAACAGGUGACGAGAAGUUUGAAAUAGACAAUUAUAUCGAUGUGCGUUCGCUUUGUUUGUGAACGAGGAGAGUCUUUGCGUAGUAUUUAUAAUUUAACUCGAGGAAGUUGUCCUUAUAAUAAAAAGUAGGAAUGAACGGAGGUGAGAUCAGUGGGGAGGAAAGUGUGAAAUUUUUCGUCACUGUCGUCGUGACUCGAAAGUUUCUUCGAGACAAUAUGUUUCACGGUGCUCAGUUUUAAGUUUUGUCCGUACAAGAGGAAUUGAAAAAAUCACAUUUGGUAAAAGUGUUAUUUAACCAGCGGAUG